AUGGAUGAUUCUGAGGCGUCCAGGUGGUGUGACCGUAUAGGGUCUCAUAAUUACAAGGAUGCUUCAUGGUUGGGGGGUUCGCCAUUGGUUACGGAAAAUUAUUUGAAGCAGUUCUAUUUCCUGAGAACAAAUUUCUCAUCAAUGAGCCGAAUUAGCCCAAUAAUUCUGUUGGUUAUAGUAAUUCUAUCAGUUGUGUUCUUCAUAUUUGGUCUGCUACAAUUUCUUAUUAGAUGCCUCAUGAAAAGGCCAUCCUUUUCAUCAAUUUCUCAAUCCAAUAGAGUCCCAGAAACAUCUGGUUCCCGUACUUUUCAAAGGCAGCUGCAUCAACUCUUUCAUCUACACGAUUCUGGCCUCGAUCAAGCUCUGAUUGAUGCUCUACCAGUCUUCUACUAUAAGGAUAUUGCGGGAUUGAAGGAGCCAUUUGAUUGUGCUGUUUGUUUAUGCGAAUUCUCGGAUUUUGACAAGCUCAAAUUUAUUCCAAAUUGUGGCCAUGCUUUUCAUAUGCAUUGUAUAGAAACUUGGCUUUUGUCAAACUCAACGUGUCCUUUGUGUAGAGGUCUCAUUAACCCUGAACUUCUUCCGGGACAUCGUGUGUUUAAUUUUAACGAGUCGAUGGAACAAUGGAAUCGUGAAUAUGCUGAUGGUGAGAACGGGACAUUUUCAUGUCAAAACCAGGGAAUGUUGCAAGAAAAUGAAGGUGAAUUGAGGGUGUUUUCUGUUAGGCUUGGUAAGUUCAGAAGCCCGGAUGGAGGUCGUGAAAGAGAUGGAAUUCAAAGUGAGAUCAGUAGCAGCAAUCUGGAUGCGAGGAGAUGUUAUUCUCUGGGCGCAUUUCAGUACAUAGUCGGUGAUUUGGAUCUGCGAAUAACUCUGUCCAGUGAAAAUAGAAACAAAGUGAGAAAUCCUUUUUUCGACUCUGAUGGUAAUACUACUAGUCGUGUGGAAACAAGACAUGACGAUGGGAAAUGUGUACCCAAUGCUGCUAGAGAUGAACGGAAGAUUAAUGUUAGGACAAGAGGUGAUAGUUUCUCCUUCUCCAAGAUUUGGCUAUGGCCCAAAAAAGACACAUUCAUAGGUUUUUCAGAAUCAAAUGUUGGUGUAAGUUCUUCUAGCAUUGGAAUGCCUGUUACUAACAGAAGUAAUGCAGUAUGAACUGUUAUCUAUUUCAGUUAGGGCACGGUCGGCCUUGCAUUAUUGGAAAGGACAAUUGACAUGAUCCGAUAGUAUAAAGAACUGAUUUUAACGUCUUUUUCUUCCUUAAUACUGUCAAGUGUCAAGUACCAUCCAAUCUACUUGGCCAAACAUACUGUUACAGUGAAUUUUUUGAGACACACUCCAAUGUAAAAUCCUACAAAUGGGUCUCGGGGCAAAUGAGGCCAAAGGUACGUAUGCCAAGUGAACCAAGAAGUUAUGAGUUAGAGUCGAAAUCCCUUUUUCACUACUUAAAUUCGCUUAUGCAAUGUAACACAUUAUGGAAACAUUAUAUUAAAUUAGAGAAUAUGCAUUUUACGUUUAUUUUA